AUGAAGAGCGCUGCUGAUGGUGCUAUCGCGGCCUAUGUGAAGACGACGAUGCUGCAAGUAGACAAGCAUCGCAACGCUUACACUUGCGGUCUUUUGGCUGGACUGUACGGUCUUCUAUUCGGCUGGGACACGGGCAUGAUCGGCGGUCUUCUGGACAGCGCAUCCUUCCAGCACUCUUUCGCUCUUCCAUCCGGCUCCCAAUCGCUAGCCAAUUUCAAAGGCAACAUCGUCUCCACUCUGCAAGCUGGUUGUUUCUUGGGCGCCGCUUCCGCACUGCUAUUGCCCGAUCGAAUCGGAAGGCGCAAAUCGUUGAUCCUUGCUGCCCUCGUCGCUCUGGCCGGGACGGCGGUGCAGACUUGCUGCGCUGUUGGCGCUCAACAGCCUGAACAAGCGCUUGUGCAGCUGUAUGUUGGAAGGUCGAUCGGCGGCUUCGGAGUGGGUCUGGCAUCUUCCGUCGUGCCAACUUACAUCGCGGAAAUCGCGCCCAAAGAAAUCAGGGGAAGACUUUCUUGCUCCUUCCAACUGUUUGUUGUGACAGGCAUGAUGAUCGCUUUCUUCGUCAACUAUGGUCUGUCUCUGCGGUUCGGCGCAGUAUCGCAGGAUCCCACGGAGUGGAGAGUCGCUUUUGGUCUGCAGGCUCUGCCUGCGCUGCUUGCACUCCUCGGUACCGUUUCCCCAUACUGCCCCGAGUCUCCUCGAUGGCUUGUUCAACACGGUAGUCAAGAACUUGCCAGAGACUCCCUGAGAAGAUUGCACAAGUCUAGCGACGAUGUCUACGUAGCUGGCUUGUUGGCAGAGAUCAGCUGCGAUUUGCAGGGAAGCGCCGAUCCUGGUCUCAAAGCUGCCUGCAGAGAAAUGUUGACGGAUAGAAUGACGCUCUAUCGAUGUCUUGUCCCGGCCAUCGUCAACUUUCUGCAACAGUGGACAGGUGUCAACGGCGUGAACUACUACAGCCCACAAAUCUUUCGCACUUUGGGUCUGCGCGGUCGAUCCACCGGUCUGUUCGCCACAGGCAUUUACGGCGUGGUCAAAGUCACCACGACGCUCCUCUUCAUGUGUCUGGCCAUUGAGCAGCUAGGUCGCAAAUGGUGUCUGAUCAUAGGCGGCCUCAUCCAAUGCUUCUGUCUGUGGUGGAUUGGCACUUUCUUAGCUAUCGCGGGCGAAGAAUCCGCGCGACAUAAGGGCAUCGCCUACCUCACCAUUGCCAUGUUGUACUUGUUCGUCAUCGGGUUCGGAUUGGGGUGGAGUGGACCUGUCUGGACUGUCAGUAGCGAGGUACCGCCUCAAAGACUUAGAGCUCUGGCCAUGUCUCUGGGUACCAUGAGCAACUGGCUUUUCAACGCAUGCGUAGCUCGAGCCACACCCAACAUGCUGGCCAGCAUCCCAAACGGUGGCACAUUCUUCAUCUUCGGCACAGACGCUCUGCUCGCCGUACUCUUUGCCAUCUUUCUCCUUCCCGAAUCGUCCGGCGCACCUCUGGAGCUCUUGCACGAAUGCUUUCCAAAAAGAGGAUACGUGCGCAGAUGCUUGGCAGACCUAUCUCCACGCAAGAGGAGGCGCGCAUUCCAGCAAGACGUCCUGCAAAGACGACGCGCGGAUACCUUGCUGGAAGCGCCCGCAGAAGGUCCGGCCUAUCGGAGGGACAGGACGUGA